UAAAGAAAGAGAGAGGGAGAGUUUUAAUAUCUUUUGUCCCUUACUUUUUUUUUUUUUCAAUAUUUAUAAUAAUUGCUUGCACUACUGUCAAGUUAUGCAGACAGAGUACAAAAAUUUGCUAAAAAAAAUUUGUCAAAUGAUCGAAUGGUGGUGAUUUUACUGUUACCGCCAUAUUAUAACAAUGGCUGUGAUGGAAGGUCGAAUGAUAGCAGCAACAGCAGCGCGUCAUCAACGUCCACUGGCGAUACUGCCAUACAAGCAUUUAAAUAUGCUAACCACACGAAAACUAUACCAGAUCACAAUAACAAUAACAACAAUAAUAAUAAUAACAAGAAGAACAAGCUUAGUGAUAACAAUAAUAAUAAUCAAAUUUCAACGCAUUACAACACCAUCUCGCUGCCGUAUUAUUGUUAUGAGCGUGUUGAUACGGAACCGUUAUCUGUUAACACUAGUUACAGCAAUUAUCCAACAUCAACAUCAACAUCAACAUCAGCAUCAGCAUCAGCGAUUGCAACAGCAGCCGCAAUUGAAAGUGCAGUGUCGUCAUUACCACCAUUAUUGCAAGCGAAAACAACACCGCCACCACCUAAACCUAAACCACCUAAUCUUUUUUUCAAUUAUUCUUCAUAUGGUAAUGACUGGUGCUGUAAUAGUGCCAUUCACGCCAAACAUUGUCCGAAUAUUAUACCAAAACCACCACGAUGCCGAGCACAGCCAUCUUUGGAAACCAUACCGGAGCAUCCAGUGCAAAAAACGAAAUCAUACCAUCACCGCGGCCCAAACAAUAGAAACAAUAGUACAACAAUUAAAACCAAAACUGCCUCAACGGCUUUACUUAAUUCUAACUAUUCUACUAACUCCAAUAAUUAUGUACGUCACGUGACACGUGUUAAUUUCUAUGAUAUCGAUACUAAUUCCCAGGUCGAAUAUGAUGAUAAUGAUGAUGAUGAUAAUAAUAAUGAUGAUGAUGAUGAUAAUGAUGAUAAUGAUGAUAAUGAUGGUGAUGAUAAUAAUUCCAAAGAUGAUAAACACGAUAAGGGCAACGAUGACAAAAAGGAUUACAAUACAGAAGCUAUUACCAAAGAAGAAGAAUGGAUAACGAAACGAAAAACCGAACUCACAACAACACGCCAAAUUGAAACUCACGUUAAACGACAGAUUGUGUUUGAGGAUGGUAAAGUGAUUGAUGAUUCUGGUCCAAUAGUAUCCACAAAUACCACAGAGGAUACGGAUAAACAAGAGACUGAAACCACUGAGAAACAUGAUCUAGGUCUACCGGUUGUUAAGCAACAACAAUCAAAUGCUGGCGGAGCAAAGAAUAAAAUUGCAUUAAAGAUGAUUCCCGAUGGCAAUCGAGAAUUAGUGAAAAGUGAUAACAAUAGUGACGGUAAUAAAAUAAUAAAAAAAUUGGUACCAACACCAACUGAUGGCUUGGUAAGAGAGAUCAAUGAGAAACGUGUUAUAUCACAUGAAGAAAGAGACGAUUAUCUGGAAACUGAAGAUGUUCAACAUUUGGGAGAUUUUUCGGAUGAGGCUUUUGUAAAGGUCGUUAAUAGCGGCCUAGAUAAUAUUGAAGAAGCUUUGCUUUCUUCAGAUUUGCAAAAGAACUCGAUACCAGCGGGUAAACGAAUAAUAGGCAAUACUACCAAGUCGUAUAAAACAAUCGAUUCGGAAGACAUUCAAAAACGUUCACUGGCUCAAAAGAAUGGAAAAAUAAUAACGGAACAAAAAAGAGCAAUCGAACACGAAGUCAUAAUUGAUCGUGAAUUAUCCGAUACCGAAAAAGAUUCCGUCGCUAGUCACGAAAAUAUUAAAACAGUUGAAGCCAAUCAGCGUUAUUUCAAGCGACGUGACGAACAAGAUGCGGAUCUCAUUGAAAAUGGGAAAGUAGUAGGCACAGAAAUGAGAUAUGCUGCCGAAACCAUGCAAAUGGAAAAUGAUAAUACCUUAGAGCGCCCCGACGAUUGGGACAGUUUAUCGGAUCGAAUGCGGAAGAUGCGUAGACCUUAUAAUAAAGCUUUUUUACACCAUCAAAAAACCGGCUUAUUGAUGGAUCGAAAAGACGCCUUAACUAAACGACCUCUGGACUUUGACAGAGAAGAAGAGACGCGUAAAGGAGAGACCAUUAAAUGGUUGGAAUCCCACUUUGGCAGUGAAUCGACUGCUUCAAAUGAUUCACGUGAAGAUGAAAUUGACAUUGUCGAGCCUACUAAGAAAACAUAUUUCAAUGUUACAAUUAAGUCCAAUCAAAAUCAAAAUGCUCCAUCGACAGCCACUGCCCAUUAUGGUUCCUAUGAUAAAAGACCGCCGCCUGAAAGUUACGACCCGGAGCCCCUUUCGGUGCUCCCAAAUAACGGAGCUAGUAAACAUUAUCAUGGUACUUCUAGCUGGAAUCGUAAAGACACAACCCCAUCAAAUCAUUUCUCGUCCAAAGCAUUUCGUGAUGAUCUCCAUGCGACAGUUGAACGUAGUCAAUUGCGGAAAGCCAGUAACAUAUAUUCGUCGAGAGAAAAUCUUGGCACAGAUAAACCAACUUAUAUAAAAACAAAAACCGCUGAUAGCUACGUUAGUCGAGAAGAUAUAUUACAGCAGAAACGCCAAAGCAUAUCUUCACAAUUUUUAGCUAGAUCUCGUCAAAAUUCGAGAGAUAAAUUCGAAGAAUUGGACAAAGUUCCUUCGCAUUCGAUUGAAGAUACUCAUAAUAUUAGUGGUUCACGUACCGACCUCCACUACGGUCUCAACGUAAAAGAAAAAGAUAAACGUGCAUUUAUUCAUGCGAAUGUUAUAGAUGAACGCGAACCCGCCAUUGUACCCAGAAAGACGUCUACGUCAGCUGAUCAUACAAGGGUCUACGAGAAUUAUAACUCAUUAAAACGAGAAACAACUUAUCAUAUCUCGCCAUCGGCACGCCACGAUAUGAGUGCGUUAAAUAGACCUAUUGUGCCGCAACGCAGGCGGAACGGCGAAAAGAAAUUACGUGAACCGAACAGUACAUCAGCGAUUGUAAAUGUGCCAUCCUUGCAAGACCAACAUGAUUUUCCUGAGCCGCCACCAGAUUAUUCCCCACCACCUCGUAGUCGUUCUUCAUCACCUCGGGGGAAUUACUAUGCCCAGGAUCCGAAUCGUCUUCAUAUGCAACAACGAAAAUAUUCACCGUCCGAGAAGCAUGAAAAUAUCUACAGCAAACAACCGCACGAUAGCAGCUCCGCUCUGAACAUAAAACCGCACCAACAUACACGUUUCACCGGUAACACGCCGUCACCGCCACCAACAACUAUACGACAUCACACACCCAGAUCCGCAGUAAUGUCAACGCAGACCACUCAGACAACACCUUCAACUCUCUCAACUUCCACCGUCACCUCUCAUAAAUCCACAAAAAUGGGCCAAGCAAUUGGCAAUUCAUUACGCAAACUUGUUGGCAAAUUUAGAUCCGCCAGUGUCGAGCGUAAGCUACGUUUAAAAUCGAAGGGUAAAUCACGUGAAUUUUCGAUUGCUUUUCCGCAUAAUUCUCAACAGCCAGAACGAAAUUCGAAAGAGGUCACCACCACCUAUCAACAAUAUAACGUUAUUGAUGGUCAUAUAGGCGGCAAUACAAAUCAGUCACCCUCUCACGAAGACUCCGAACAAGAAUUCACCGUCAUACGACAAUCUAAUAGUCCUAGACAUAUUCCGCAAAAUCGGGCAGCUGACAGCAACGUUUACAGAAAUUCAACGACGAUUGCGAACAGUCGUGAACCUUGUGCAGGAACAAAAAAUCCUAAACAACGCUAUUAUCUUGGUGAGGAUCCGUACUCCAGUAGUCUUUAUUAUAAGGAGAAUCUAAAUGAAAUGACCAAUCCUCGAACAGCAAGGGAAACGCGAAAUGGUUUGUCGAAUAAUCGCGAUAAUUCAACAUCUUAUUAUAAUGAGAGAACUCAAUCCGCUCAUACUUUAGGUCGUUAUCAGAAAAGUAAUCAACGUGUCUCUGGAUCUACUCCAAAUUUACAUCAUGACUACCGUAGUGCUCAAACCUUGCCACGCAAAUUAAAUGAUCAGCCCACCACCAAUCAUCGCGAAACACAAAAACUGAAUAAAGCACGGAACUCGAAUGCAGUUCAAAAUAAGUCUCGUCAACAAACUGAACAACGCAUUACAUAUCAAGCCAAUAAUAAUCAACAAACGGGUCCGCUGAAGCCAGCACGUACCUACCCCAAGAAUUUGAAUCGUAGUAAAAGCUUCAGUAUACACGCAAUGAACGGAGGCAACGAACCUAGUCCUAUUUAUAUUGAAAAAUCUUCAAAUAACAAUUACUCAGAUCAUUUGCAUAUUAAAUCCAAUCCUCAUCUCUAUACGUGGACGAAGGAUCAGCAACAAUCUUUACCACAAAAUGCACUUAAAAGCCCUUCGAUCGUAAAUUUAAUAAGCCGUAGCCAGAAAGAUCUAACAAAAUUGGGAACUAACGAGAAUUUUAACGCAACGACAGAGAGAAGAGUUUACACAAACGAUAGGCAAGCAAAAAUUACGAAUCGGCAAUUUGAAGAUAGAGGUACGACUUAUAGAUCCGGUUCCCAUGCCGAUGAUGAUUAUAAAGCUCAAGCAGUCUCGCGAUAUCAAUUGCAACCGAAACGUUCACUCGACUCCCGCUCAUCGGUUGAAAUCAAUAAAGAUACAGCCGGCAUUAUACGUUACGAUGAGUAUCUGCGUGAACAAACUCCCGCUUCAGGCUCGACGAUUAUAAAAGUGCGCAAUAUCGAGUAUCGCAAGUGAAACCCUCAGCCCAGAAAUCAAACGGCUUUAGUUUCAUUUGACAUGUUAGCAAAUAAAAAUCCAAAGCCAUCUCCCGUUAUCCAUAUACAUUUACGAAUCGUUUCAAACUCAAACAAGAUGGGUAUCAAUAUUUCCGAUUUCCUAGUGAACAUGUAAUCCAUGUAAAAAUCUUUAUGUAAUAGCUCACCACUUUUCUACUAUUACUAAUAACUUAUGAAUUUAAUCUACAUUUAAGAAAAUUUCUUUGCCUUUUAGCUCUCA